UGAGACAACCCCUCUUCUGUUGCAGUUUCUAUCCCCCCAGCGACCAAAGAUUUGACCACUGACAGCCUGACUCAACAGAACACAGCUCAAGAUGGACACCGGUGUGAUUGAAGGUGGUUUAAAUGUCACACUUACCAUUCGGCUACUUAUGCAUGGAAAGGAGGUUGGAAGCAUCAUUGGGAAGAAAGGAGAAUCUGUAAAGAAGAUGCGUGAAGAGAGUGGCGCUCGCAUCAACAUCUCAGAAGGGAACUGCCCAGAGAGGAUCAUCACUCUUGCUGGCCCCACCAACGCCAUCUUCAAAGCGUUUGCAAUGAUCAUUGACAAACUGGAAGAGGACAUCAGCAGCUCCAUGACCAACAGCACAGCUGCAAGCAGGCCCCCAGUCACCCUGCGGCUUGUGGUACCUGCCAGCCAAUGUGGCUCCCUCAUCGGAAAAGGAGGUUGCAAGAUCAAAGAGAUAAGAGAGAGCACGGGGGCGCAGGUCCAGGUGGCAGGAGACAUGCUGCCCAAUUCAACUGAGAGAGCCAUCACUAUUGCCGGGAUACCCCAGUCCAUCAUUGAGUGUGUCAAGCAGAUCUGCGUGGUCAUGCUGGAGUCUCCCCCGAAGGGUGUCACCAUCCCCUACCGACCCAAGCCAUCCAGCUCUCCAGUCAUCUUUGCAGGCGGGCAGGACAGGUACAGCAGCGGCAGUGCAAGCUACCCCCACACCGCCCCAUCAAUGUGCCUCAACUCUGACCUGGAGGGACCACCUCAAGAGGCCUAUACCAUUCAAGGACAGUAUGCCAUUCCACAGCCAGAUCUGACCAAGCUGCACCAGUUGGCAAUGCAACAGUCACACUUUCCAAUGUCUCAUGGCAACACUGGAUUCAGUGGCAUUGACUCCAGCUCUCCAGAGGUGAAAGGCUAUUGGGCAGGUUUGGAUGCCUCUGCUCAAACUACUUCUCAUGAACUCACCAUUCCAAAUGAUCUGAUUGGCUGCAUCAUCGGGCGUCAAGGCGCCAAAAUCAAUGAGAUCCGUCAGAUGUCUGGGGCACAGAUCAAAAUUGCCAAUCCAGUGGAAGGAUCUACUGACAGGCAGGUUACCAUAACUGGAUCUGCAGCCAGCAUUAGCCUGGCCCAAUAUCUAAUUAAUGUCAGUUUAGAAAGCGCUAAACCCUCCUCCCAGACAGCCUCCGUCACGAUCCCUGAUCACCUCAGCAUCAACCUCUCUCAACCCUCCACCCCUUCUUCUUCUUCCUCCUCCACCACCACCCCCUCGCUCGCCACCGCGGGGGUCUCCGACGCACCCUCCAGUCUCCCCAACCCUCUUCCGACCGCCCCUUGUGUCUCCAGUCUGCUUGGCAUGAAACCCGUCCCUCUCCUGGCUCUAAAUGUUGUGUCUGCUGCUAAGGGUGCCUCCACCACCUCAGCUGUGCCCUGUGUUACUAACAAACUGAAAGCGGAAAAGCAGAGAUUCUCUCCUUACUGAGUGUCUGCUUGUGACUUAGCGGAACAGCAGAUUGGUGUCAGCGUGGGGAUCCCGUAGAGGAGACUGGAAGAGCCUUUUUUUUUUUUUUCUUUCUUCAGAAGUGAGCUUGUGAUUUUUUUUUUUUUUUAGAAUGGAGUGGUUCUCUCUUUCUGUCUCUCUCUCUUGCUGGUGAGCUUCAGUGAGUCAAGAGACACUCAAACAAAGUAUUCUAACCAGUCCUGGAGCCUAGUGAUCUGUCUUUUAAUUCCUUCUCGAUUUAUAUAGUCCUAGCUGUUGCUUUUAUUAGCCUGUUUGCCUUGCUGCCCGAAGACUAAAGCUUGGGGUGGGGUGGGGGGACUGUAUCGAAUAAAUGAUUCUCGCGUCGCUGCAUCUUUCUUUUUGGCCGAGUCGCGGAAGGGGCUAUUGGGCCUUGCUGUCACUUUUGAUGUCUGUACUUGUAAUAAAGUUGCCACGGUGAGAA